AGUGCGGUCCUGGCGGGCGCUGUAGGGCGCUGCUCGUGCCGAGCUCUGUGUGCACUUUCCACAGCCGCCCUCGGGCCUCCCAGCUGCCGUCUCCCCGCUUUGGAGAUGGGGAGACUGAGGCCCCAGAAACCGAGCCGCCGGCCUAAGGUCAUGGGCGGCAGGUGGCACUUGGGCCGACGGCAAGAGCGCACACUUAACCGCUACAAAGACCAGCGCGACUUCAUUUCCUCCGAUAGCCACCCAAUCAAUACGCUGUUUCCUAGAGUCCUCAGCCCCAAAACACGCUAGAGAAGGUAUUUUUGGAAUUCUAAUAAGUCCAGGGAUUUUAAACGUCGUUUGGAAAGGACUCCAUGAAGAUGGAACGUAGCCUUGGUAUUGAACGACUUUAAGUUGGGGCGGCUAGAUGACCAGCCAGGAAUGACUCCUGUGUCCAGAAGAGCUAACGCCUUUAGGUCUGGGGGAAAACGCUCACUCUCGCGAUCAGGGUCAGAAAGGUUUGGGAUACAACACAUACUAAGCCCUCCUCUUAGAAAUUCAUGGUGCAUAUUGUGAUCUAGCAAUAAAGGCUGAGCAGCCACACACACAGAAAGUGCCCAUAUAAUUUGUCCAAAUGCAAUCACUUGUGUCUAAGAUAAACACUAGAUCAGUCAAGGUAAUAGGACGACCAUUCUUGGACACCCUACAGAACCUGCUUGAACUCUGUCAUUCUGCAUCUCAAGAACUUAUUUCAACAGAAAAUGCUUUUGUGUAAUGUUUUCCCAGUGUGGUGCUGGCACUGGGACUUCAGUUGGAACCACACUGGCAUUAGGAAUGAUGCAGUGUCGUCAUCGGCUCACACUCACGGGUGCAGACAGCCCAGCGGGUGCAAGAGCGCUUCCUGUUUUCCCGAUUUGUGUCCAGUUCAUCCUAAUGAGCUCAGCUCCCCUGACAUUCAGUCAUCCCCGUAAUUUGUGCUGUGUUUUCGACAGGAUCCAUGGCAGCUAAUGUCCUAAAGGACUUGACGAUGGAUCAUCCCACGCAGCCUGUGGGGAGUGGGUCCACUCAACACGCUGGCACUUCCUGCUUCUGAGUCUGAAGCGAACAGCCAGAUGGUGAACCUGGUCAGUUCACUCCACGGGGAGCUGUCAGGGUCAGCCAGCUUGCCUUCCCCUCAGAUGGCAACGCUGCUGCCCAGGCACCAGGUACAUUGACUUUUUUCUAAGCAGGAUGACAGGGCUACUGGUGCUCUCUUGCUGGUCUCAUAUACAUCUGUCAGACACCGCAGACAACCAAUGGAAUGACCGUGCUGAGCGCAAGCUGACCGAGAGACAUUAGAACCAGACUCCGCGUAGGAGGACACGAGGGUCCGGAAGGAACUAAACAACACACACUCGACUGAAGCUGUGAGGAGAGCGUUAAUGAAGGAAACUUACAGAUAUCCAAAAAUGGUUGAGAUUGAACAGGCUGAGGCCCAGCUCUCUGAGUUAGACCUGCUGGCCAGCAUGUUCCCUGGCGAGAAUGAGCUCACAGUGAAUGACCAGCUCGCUGUAGCAGAACUGAAAGAUUGCAUUGAAAAGGGGACAAUGGAGGGCCGAUCUUCAAAAGUUUACUUUACUAUCAACAUGAACCUGGACAUGUCUGCGGACACAGUGGUGGUGUUUUCUCUGGCCUGUAUUCUUCCCUUUGAAUACCCUGCAGUUCUGCCUGAAAUCACUGUCAGGUCAGUAUUAUUGAGUAGAUCCCAGCAGACUCAGCUGAACACAGAUCUGACCGCAUACCUGCAGAGGAAUUGCCUCGGAGACGUCUGUAUACUGAAUGCCACCGACUGGGUUAGAGAACACGCCUCUGGCUAUGUCAGCAGAGACCCCGCCCCUCCCCCCAUUCCAGAAAGUACAGUCCAGCCUGUCCAUGUCAUUCUCACGAGACUCUGGAUCUAUAGCCAUCACAUCUACAACAAAUGCAAACGAAAGGAUAUUCUGCAGUGGGCAAAGGAGCUUUCCCUGUCUGGGUUUAGCAUGCCUGGGAAGCCAGGCGUCGUCUGUGUGGAAGGCCCCCACGGUGCUUGUGAAGAAUUCUGGUCAAGACUCAAAAAAUUAAACUGGAAGAGAAUUUUGAUUCGCCAUCGAGAAGACAUUCCUUUGGAUGGUACAAAUGAUGACAUGGAAAGAUGGAGAAAAUUUUCAGUUUUUGAAGAAAAAGUGUUCAGUGUUAGUGGAGCCAGAGGAAACCACAUGGACUUUGGUCAGCUGUAUCAAUUUUUAAAUGCCAAUGGAUGUGGGGAUGUUUUCCAGAUGUUCUUUGGUGUGGAAGGACAGUAGCUGAGCAGAGGAGUCACUGAAAGUAUUUUGUCACUGUUGUCAAGAGUGGGUUUUUACCCACUCUUUCUUGAAAGAUUCAGUAAUUUUCCUUCAGUCCGUUCUAGAAUGUUAGGGGUAAAAGAAGGGAAAAAGUAGCAUAGCUCAAGUGCAUCUGUUAAAAAUUGUCCUGAUUGAAAGCAGAACUGAGGCUUUAUUUAUAAUCUUAAAAUUAUUG